UCGGCGUUGCGAGUUGAGUUUUUCAUCUUCGCCCGGUUCGCGCACAUCGCUUCUGUCUCGGUCGCAAGAACGCAUAAUAAUACAGAGACCCUCUGGGACUUGGGACUAUCGACUAUACCGACACUACAACUAACCACCAUCAACCGACACGACGCAGUGCUCUCGAGUUACAGUGCAGCGCGCCGCGAGUGAACCACAGUGAACCCCCACUAGUCUUCAGCCCAGCAUACAAACAGUAAAAUGCAGCUUAUAUAGGGAAACUAUAGCCAGAGUAGAUCCAAAGUAGCAGUCAAGAGCAAAAGCCAAGUGUAAAACCAAGCGGAGGAGAUGGCCACCAACACGGAACUGCUGCCCUUUCAUCAUCAGACGAUCGCGGUGUUGAACAAUUUGAAUAGCCACUGUGGCGGCUCAGGGAGCAAUGGAGCGGCCACCAGUGGCGGAGCGCCAGGAGCGGCGAUUGGCGGAGGAGCAGGAGGCGGCGGAGGAGGAGGAGCGCCCAGCUGGGCCACCAUGGAUGAACUCUACCAACAGACUGAGCUGCCCGGACUGACGCGAACCGGGGCCACCACCACCCACCACCACCUGCUGCGCUUCACGCCCUACGCCCUGCACCACCGACCGCCUCACCACCAACUGCAGACCCUGCCCCCCGCGCUGUACUUGCAGCAUGCCGCAGCAGCGGCGGCGGCAGCAGCAGCAGCAGCCGCCCACGCACAGCACCACCAUCAUCAUCAUCACCACCUACCGCACAGGCCCGCCUCGCCGGAGAGUCCGCCGCCGGUGGAGGGCACCCACAUCAGCAAUCUGUUCCCCGAGCUCCUCGAGCAGAUCUUCGAGCACCUGCCUGUGCGGGAUUUGGGGCGGGCGGCCCAGGUCUGCACCGCCUGGCGGGAUGCGGCCUAUGCGAAGAGCGUGUGGAAGGGCGUCGAGGCCAAGUUGCACCUGAAGCGCUCCAGUCCCAGUCUCUUCAAUUGCCUGGUGAAGCGGGGCAUCAAGAAGGUGCAGAUCCUCUCGCUGCGCCGCUCGCUCAAGGAUCUCGUUCUGGGCGUGCCCGCACUGACCUCCCUGAACCUCAGUGGCUGCUUCAAUGUGGCGGAUAUGAAUCUGGGCCAUGCCUUCAGCGUGGACCUGCCCAAUCUCAAGACCCUGGACCUCUCGCUGUGCAAACAGAUCACGGACACGAGUCUGGGCCGGAUUGCCCAGCAUCUGAGGAAUCUGGAGACCCUGGAGCUGGGCGGCUGUUGCAACAUCACGAACACGGGACUGCUGCUGAUUGCGUGGGGCCUGAAGAAGCUGAAGCAUCUCAAUCUGCGAUCCUGCUGGCACAUCAGCGAUCAGGGCAUAGGUCACCUGGCCGGCUUCUCGCGGGAAACGGCAGAGGGCAACCUGCAGCUGGAGUACUUGGGGCUGCAGGAUUGCCAACGGCUGAGCGAUGAGGCACUGGGUCACAUUGCCCAGGGCCUCACCUCGCUGAAGUCCAUCAACCUGAGCUUCUGCGUCUCGGUGACGGACAGCGGUCUGAAGCACCUAGCCCGCAUGCCCAAGCUGGAGCAACUGAAUCUGCGCUCCUGCGACAACAUCUCGGACAUUGGGAUGGCCUACCUCACCGAGGGCGGCAGCGGGAUCAAUUCGCUGGACGUGAGCUUCUGCGACAAGAUCAGCGAUCAGGCCCUGACGCACAUAGCGCAGGGUCUCUAUAGGCUGAGAUCCCUGUCCCUCAACCAGUGCCAGAUCACCGAUCAUGGGAUGCUAAAGAUCGCCAAGGCGCUGCACGAGCUGGAGAACCUCAAUAUCGGUCAGUGCAGCCGGAUCACGGACAAGGGCCUGCAGACACUGGCCGAGGAUCUGACCAAUCUCAAGACCAUCGAUCUCUACGGCUGCACGCAACUCAGCUCCAAGGGCAUCGACAUCAUCAUGAAGCUGCCCAAGCUGCAGAAGCUCAACCUGGGCCUCUGGCUGGUCAGGUGAUGCGUCCACCACGAUUGCAACGCCUGUGCGGCGGAGGAGGCCGCUCGCGGCUCUUAUAAUUCCCAACCAUAGAUUCCGGGCGGGAAAGAGAGGGCAGUAGAUCGGUAGAUCGGUAGAUCGGCAGGCGGGGCAGGAGCAGCAGGGGAAGAAGCAGACAAGAUACACUGAGAACUCAUAGCUUUCGUUUGCCAUACCACACGCUGUACUACAUUUUUUUCGUACGAAUCGAGAAACGAGCAGAGAGGCACAAAAAAACACGGCAACAACAAAAAGCAAACAAUGAAGCACACACUCAUGCACACACAUACACACGCAAGCGGGCAAGGCAAGCGGGCGGAGUUGGGGCAAGAGGGUCAGAGACAGAAGGCGUCGGGGGAGAGUGCUGCAAGCUCAGCUUGUUUUUAGCUAGCAAAAGUUUAGAAUCAGUUAUAAUUUAGAAAGGCAUUUUUAAUAAGGCCACUUUUGAUGACUAAUUAUUUUACAGCUCAUAUAGACCUUUUAACACGACCAGAGUUUUUAUUCCAUUUUUUGUUUCACUUAGAUGCUGUAAACACCAUGGUAAGGUGUUGAACCAUCAUUUUUAAGCCCGUUCAUUCUAAUUUUGACCAUUUACCAAUUUUAAAAUUUUAAAACUCAGCUUGUCUUAAAAGGUUCCAGCAAAUAAUUCAACUUUGUUUAAAAAGUGUAUUCAAAAAUUCGAAAUUUCUUAAACAAGCGGCUUCCCGCUAGAUCUAGCUAGUUUGCGGCCAGGGACCAGACAGCACUGUUCAUGGAGCUCGCUCUGCUGCGUUGUGUUUUGUUGUGCUGUGCUCCUAGGGGGCCAGAGCGAGAGGGGAGAUGCCGCUGGCGUCGGCUUACACGCACGCAGCGAUAAAAAAAAAACAAAAAGAGAGAAAAAGAAACAGCGGACAACAACAACUGCAGCUAUGGCCGACAGCAACAAAGUGCAUGGCGAUGGAGACGCGCGAUAAGCAGCAGUAGAGAGGGGUAGUGGGAGGGGGGAGAGCCAGGAGAGUGGGCAGCACACAUACAGAACCGGGCACGCAUGUGUGUGUGUGUGUGCAAUGCAGGCCGCAGUUAAGCAGAUGCAAAUAAAUUUAAAUAGUUUAUUUUAAUUCACGCUUCGGCUACAAAAGCCAGCGUCCUCCAUUGCCACAGCAACAACAACUACAACAGCAGCGAGAAUAACUACGAUAAAAACAACAAUGCAGAAGAGAAAAAAAUAGAGGGAGUGUGGGGAAUUAAAGCUCUGGCGACGGCGACUUGACUGACUCUCCCACCUCUCUUUUGUCGCUCUCCACCGCAUUUUUCUUGCUUUGUGUGCUCCCUUUUUUUUUGUCUUUCGUGUUUGUAUCUUUUUUGUUUUUGUGCCUCGGCGUUUUCUUCUCGUCUUCGUUGCGAAUUUGUUUAGUACAGCGUCGUUAGUAAUGCCGUUUAAUUUAGUUGAUUAAAACGUAAACGUAAAAAAAGUAACGAAAACUUAAGCAAAAACAAUGUUAAUAGUAGACACUUAAUGAAAACGCGUAAACUUAAUUCUUAGUUCUUAACAUUUGUCAAGCCACAAUUAGUCAAAUAAUGAAAAAGAGGGGAGAAUAACCAUUAACACAAGUUAUAAAACCAUAACAAAACAAAAAAAAACAACCUUGUUUAAUAGCAAAAACUCACCCAAACACACACACACACACAAACAAACACUAAACACAAACGUUAAAGAAAAUUCUGUAAAUUUUUUAUUGUUUAAUUUAUAAGUAAGCAAGCAAAAAGAGAAGAUAACGAUUGAAAAGAAUGUGCGAAUUAAUUCUUUUUUCUAUUGUGAUAUAAAAUGUAUUGUAUAAAAAGGAAAACAUAAACACAAGCAAACAAAAACUAAUGCUAAAACAACAAUUACGUAAUUUUAUUUAAGCAGCGACUAGCGGCAAGAGCGUGGAUUAAAUUAAAUAAAUUAAAAUUAAAUAAAUAUGUACAAUGUUAUGUUAAGUCUGGAUUAUUCCUACGAUUCUCUGUUUUUGGAUUAGUUAAAUGAGCCCGAUUCGAUGACCUUUUGUUAAAACGCAAUAUACCGAAUGCCUUAAUUCCAUUUGCAAGCUAUAUUAUUAACUAUGUUGAUUCUGAAAAACACCUUGAGUUUCGAUUGUGAGUUAGCCCUAGAUCUAAGUUACUUCGACAAUUGAUAUUUCUGUUUUAGGAGGCGAAACCCCCAUAAAAUUUUGAACGAUACGAUGACGUUGGCGAUGCUGAAGAUGGAUGAAGAGAAAAUAAAUUAAAUAUGUAUAAAAA